AUGAGUUACAUGGAAGAAUGGCAAAAGCAACAAAAGGCACUAAAGGAAGCUGACCGAGAACAGAAGAAAGGAGCCGCUACGAUUCUCAACAACUAUCGAAGCAAACAACAGGGCCUGUGGCAGAAGCGACAACGGGAACUAAAGGAAGCCGACCGCCUGAACCGAGAGAAAGCUCUGGCAUCCUUGAAGAAGUACAAGGGUGGUGAGCAUGACAUCAAAGAAUAUCAAAAAAUGGUUGCUCAGUAUCGAAAGCAACUAUUGGAAGACAGCAAAAGUCUUCAUGCAAAGCUUGCGGAAUUGGAACCUGACGUGCCAAGUGAGAUGACUGAAGAGUCAUGGCGAGAGCAUGUCGAACAGCACAUUGCUGAGUUUGAAAAGAUGAUUCAAGAUCAUGGCUUUGAAGAUUUUAAGGAACUUGAUCUGUCAUCACCAAGGCAUUCCAUAGGUGGUGGAAUCUUGGUGUCUCCUGACGCUCGGAGUAGUGAUUUUGGAAUUUCAGACUCGAAACCGUAUCAAGAAUUUAUUGACAAAGUGCAGCAAACCGAAAAGGGUUCCGGACAAAGGUCAAAUCCGUUAAUGGCAGAUAUGGAAUCUGGUGGGACUACUGCUCAAGAGACGAAGGAUGAAGACAAGGAGGAUGCAAACAAGUUGCCAGCCACACCAACGAGAAACGAAGUUAGCAGCGAAGCUAAACAAGGAUAUCAAACUCCUGAUACUACAGCUCGAGCGACGAAAGCAGUGCAAUCAGCAAACUCCUCCCAGCCUGAAGUCAAUCGUUCACCGCGCAGCGUCAGUCGAUUGAUUGAACUCGAUUUCUCAUUUGGAAUCAUCUACCCGAGCGUAUCACCGGCACCUACUAUUGACACUUGUUCUUCUGCAGCCGCCUCGAUCGUCCCAGUCAGUCUGGAAAAAACACUCCAACAAACGCUGCCAACCGCAAGUUGGGAUUCCACUCUGCAGCCAUCACUCAAGAGUGUGAAACUAGAUCCCCACUACGAUCAGCCUGGUUCGAUCCGUUAUAUUGUCAGAGGCAGCGUUCCGGUUCAAAUGGCGAUCAAUGACGUGACAUCUCCCAUGAGAAGGCAACUGCUAGAAGAAGAUGAUCUCUUGAUUGAGAACCAAGAACAACAACGGUGGAGACGAGUCAGGAACGGAAACUGCCCGGAUUGGGAAUCAAUUUUGAACCACAAAAUGGGUCGAAUUUGGUGA